AUGGUUGCGUCUCCCAAGUGGGCCUUGGUCACAGGAGCCAACCGCGGUCUGGGCUUCGACGCCGCCAAGCAGCUGCUGGCAUCAGGUCGCCCCGUCAUCAUCACAUCGCGCAACGAGGCCGCGGGCGCGAAGGCCGCUCAGGCGCUGUCUGACGCCGCCGCCCCUGGGGCCAGGGUGGAACUGCUCCAGCUCGAGGCCAGCAGCCCUGACAGCAUCAAGGCGUUGGCUGCCCAGGUCCAGGCCAAGUAUGAGGGCCAGAUCGACCUGCUGAUCAAUAACGCAGGUAUUGUUGGCGACGGCACCUCGCCCGCCAACCACGAGGCCAUCCUCAAGACCAAUGUUGACGGCGCCAUCGACAUCACACUGGCCCUGCUGCCACACCUGGCGCCAGGCGCAAGGGUCGUGCAGGUCGCGUCACAGAUGGGCAUGCUCGGCAUGAUCGGCCCCGCAUACGCGGCGUCGAUCAAGGGCGCAGCCACCCUCGAUGACGUCAGGGCGGCUGCCCACAGAUUCGACUCUGAUGACCUGUCUAAGGGCAACCCCAUCGCGCCGUCCUACAGCGUGUCCAAAGCGGCGCUCAUCAGGGCGACCCAGCUACUGGCGGAGAGCCCCGAUUUCAAGUCCAAGGAUGCCUCAGUGGUCGCGGUCUGCCCUGGCUGGUGCGCCACCGACAUGGGCAACGGGUCGGGCGACAAGGUUGGCAUCAAGCCGCCGCGCACCUCGGAGCAGGGCGCCAACUCCAUCGUCUUGGCGGCCGGCGACAAGGUGCCCAACGGCAGCUUCAGCUUUGACGGCGAGCUCCUCGACUGGACAUCCAAGCCCGCGCUGCCGGAGUGA